GAAAGAGGAUGGUCCAGCUGAGGUUCAGAUCAAUGCAGGGGGAGGAGACAGUCAGAAAGCAUCCUCCUCCUCUUCCUCAGCUUCAGAUCAGAGCGAAGAGGAGCAGCAUGAGAGCUUGACACCAACCACAGCGCGCUUUUAUUCUGAACAAACAAAAUAAGAAGAAAAUAUGAGUCUGGUGAUGCUGGUGCUGGAGGUUGUCAUAGCGACGGUGGUGUUAAGAGUGAACACAGCGCGAGUGGUGAGCGGUCAGACGGUGUGUGUGGGUGGAGCCGAGCGCCCCUGCUACAAAAUCGCAUACUUCCACGAUGUGUCGAGUCGAGUGGCGUUCAGUGAGGCGAGGCAGGCCUGCAAGAUGGAUGGAGGAGUUUUGCUGAGCAUUGAGAGUCCAUCAGAGCAGAGAGACGUGGAGCACCUGCUGCAGGCGCUGCGUUCAGGAGCAGUGGGCGGAGCCAAAGGUGAAGGCACUAUAUCUGAUGGAGAUUUCUGGAUUGGCCUGACUCGGGUGGGCGCAGCGGACAACACCUUGACUCCCUGUUCUGAUCUGUAUCAGUGGACUGAUGGCAGCGUCGCCACCUUCAGGAACUGGUACUUUGACGAGCCGUCCUGCGGAGGGGAGGCCUGCGUCGUCAUGUACCAUCAGCCAACUGCACCAUCCGGUCUGGGCGGGGCUUAUCUCUACCAAUGGAAUGACGAUCGCUGCAACAUGAAGCACAACUUCAUCUGCAAAUACGAGCCAGACAGCCACCCGAAGAAGGAACACGGUGACACACCAACAGGGCGAGGCACAGCUGUGACUGCAGGAGGAGGUGUGGUGACUCAGUCUACCGGCAGUGAGAAUAUCCCCCCUCAGGUGGCCAUGGCAGGAUCUUCAGGAAUGUUGCUGCUGUACGUGGUCAUCCCAACCAUCCCACUCCUGCUGCUCAUCCUGGUGGCUUCUGGAACGUGCUGCUUCCAGACACUCAGCAGGAGUCGUCCUCGGACAAAGACCCCCACUGACCAAUCAAACCUCUGGAUCUCCAGCACACCUAAACCUGACAGCAUGGAAGUGUGACAUCACCAGCAGAACAAUGAUGUCAUCACAGACUUUUUGUUUAUUUGACUGAAAGUUUCCUGUUUGGCUCCUCCUCCCUCUGUGUGACCAAUCAGUACGAGCUCAUGAAGGUAACAGUUAUACCGAGGGCGGAGUCAAAGGGGUGAUGUGUGAUGUCAUAGUGAGCUGACAGUGGGCGGAGCUUGUUUUUUGUGAUUGAAUGACCUCAUUCAUUUUUUGUCCUUGAUUCAUCAAUUAUUCUGCUUCUCCCAGGCGGCUGUGGUUCUACUACAUCCCAGUUUAUUCUGUAAGAACUUCAGUUUUUGUACAUUAAAACCCCUGACAGCGCCACCUGCUGGACAGAUGGUGAAACAGCCCACCUGGUGGAGAAGUAAUUCAUGUCUCAACAUAUUUGGAUCAGGAGGUACGGAGCCAGGAGAGGGACAAAAACCACAGCUGCAGGUUCAAGCGUCUGCCUCAGCAGCUGAAAUUUCGGUUAAAAUCCGGUUCCAGAAAGUUCUGGAGCCAGAAACAGAGCCAUCUUACUAGUAUCUUUGAUUUCUGGCUUUUAUAAACAGACCCGUGGGAUCAUUGUGCCUUUACUGGGAUUAGGUGGGUUGGAUCAGUGGACUUUAUACCGAUCACAGAUUCAGCCACAACAGUCAGCACAGUUUACACAAUGAGAACAUUCAGAAAAGCCUAGGGUUCUGAUCAGAGUAGGGAUGCUUCAACUGUUCUUGAGGUUCUGCUUCCACCUCAAACAUCACCGGAACAGAGUUUGACCCUUUGGUUGCUCCGUAGUUUAACCUGGACGACAGAAGACGAAAUCGCACCAUGUGAUGGAGAUGAUGGUGCCUUUGAGGCUAAUCAGACAUUUGGAACACAGUGAGCUUCAUCAGAAGCUGUUCAGGGUGUGCUGCUGAGAUGUUAACUGUGUGGUUUUGAUGCAUGAAGCUUCAAUGUUUAAUAAAAUACAUCUGAUCAUC